AGGGGAGAGGGUCCGGGGAGGGAGCCGGCCGGGCAGGGGACGGAGGCUCAUUCCAGCCUAGUUUCGCUUUCUGAAUGUCCCGCUUUACGCUCCCGGCCCUGCGCAUCCAGCAGUGUCCCUCUGCGCCCGCUACCCUCUCCUUUCUGCGGCAGAGCGCUGGCCUUUCCAUCCCUCCCUACCGACGCACGGGGAGCGGGGCGAGGGGGCGCGGGCGGCCAGUGGACGGAGGCCGACCGGGGUGCACCUGAUGCCCUAAGCUGAUGCCCCAGCGUGUGGGGUUCCUGCCCAGCCCCCUAGAUUGUGUGUGUGUGUGUGGGGGAAGGGGUCCUGCUCAGCAGAUACCUGCUCCCCGGACGGAAGGGAGGGAAGGAGAAGGAGGCGCGUCCUGCCACUUCCUGGGCCUUCGGAACUAGCCGCUGCCCACUUCCCAGGUAGUGGGAAGGAUGACUACACUCACGCGGCAGGACCUCAACUUUGGCCAAGUGGUGGCCGACGUGCUCUGCGAAUUCCUGGAGGUGGCCGUGCACCUGAUCCUUUACGUGCGCGAGGUCUACCCGGUGGGCAUCUUCCAGAAGCGCAAGAAGUACAACGUGCCGGUCCAGAUGUCCUGUCACCCAGAGCUGAACCAGUAUAUCCAGGACACGCUGCACUGUGUCAAGCCUCUCCUGGAGAAGAAUGAUGUGGAGAAAGUGGUGGUGGUCAUUUUGGACAAAGAGCACCGCCCAGUGGAGAAAUUCGUUUUUGAAAUCACGCAGCCUCCGCUGCUGUCCAUCAGCUCGGACUCCCUGUUGUCACAUGUGGAGCAGCUGCUCCGAGCCUUCAUCCUGAAGAUUAGUGUCUGUGAUGCCGUCCUGGACCACAACCCCCCAGGCUGUACCUUCACAGUCCUGGUACACACGAGAGAAGCUGCCACUCGAAACAUGGAGAAGAUCCAGGUCAUCAAGGACUUCCCCUGGAUCCUGGCGGAUGAGCAGGACGUCCACAUGCACGACCCUCGGCUGAUACCUUUGAAGACCAUGACGUCGGACAUCUUAAAGAUGCAGCUCUACGUGGAAGAACGAGCUCAUAAAAGCAGCUGAGGGCACAUCUGCCCCCCACGAAGGCCACAACUGUCAGACUUUGGGGAGCCCCCAGCCUAGGGCAGCGCUGCAGGGCCACCCCAACUCCAAGUGCUCUUAUUGCCUCUUCGUGUGGACUGCCUGCCAGCCAGCCCAGGGUGGCUCAGUCUGCUCCCUUCAUGGAGGAAGCCCCCUGGGAGGGCAGUGAAGGGUGCUGGGACCAAGAUUUCUCGGCUUCCUGGGGAUCAGCGGUGACACUGUCUGUCUCAAAUACUGUGCUGUGAGUAGUUCCAAUAAAGGAGCCCCAAGGGCUGA